CCAACUCUCUUGUUUAUUCUUUCUCAAUUAUUUCGAAGGAAGCAAAGCCAAAAUACACGAACUGCAUUCCAAAAGCCAGAGGACUUUUCUCUCCAAACCAGACUUGCGAAAGGCUUUUUUUUUAAUCGCCCCUUCAAAAAAUAGUCCCGAUCGUCAAAAGGGAAAUGAGAUCAGUUCCCAAGCCAUUGCAGAACUGGGCUUGGUCUCGGCUGCCCAGCGAUAUAGAUAGUCCGGUGCCGUAGCUCGGCCUUCCUCCUUCCGCAGAGGGCCAUGGGGUGCCGGGCUGGGCUGCUGUAUGUCUGCUUAGCGUUGCAGCUGAUGGGGGCACAAGCCAGUAAAGACCGCGGGGAAGAGGCUGGAAGCGCGGAUUUCCUGAGCCACCGGCAGUACGAGCAUUUGCAGAAGCAGCUCGGGGCCGUGCGGGACGUUUCCCGCCGGUACUGGCACUUGCUGGCCUGCCAGGUGUGGCAGGAAGGCUGCGAGGAAGAGGAGGAAGGGAGGACGCAGCGCGAGGAAGAGGAGGAAGGCAGCAGAGGCAUCCUGGGACAGCACGACUGGAAGUUACCCAUGGUGACCGAAUUAGUUUCUACCUGGUACUGUGGCUUUGGCAGGUGCUGCCCAACAGGAGACUGCAGAGUGGUCAACAAUAUCACAGGCUUGGAACUGGUUCUGAGCAAACGACUCCAUGGUCAGCAUUUGGCCAAAAAAAUUGUCCUGAAUGCCAUUCAAGGUUUCUUGGAAACACCACAGCCAGAGAAAGCACUAACUCUUUCUUUCCAUGGCUGGUCUGGUACUGGCAAGAACUUCGUAGCUCGCUUAAUGGCAGAACAUCUUUAUCGAGAUGGCCUAAAAAGUGACUGUGUUAAAAUUUUCAUCUCAGUACUUCAUUUCCCUCAUCUCAAUUACAUGGACCUUUACAAGGUCGAGCUAACAAAACAAAUCACUGAGACAGUUGAACUCUGUGAACAAUCCUUGUUCAUCUUUGAUGAAGCGGAGAAGCUGCACCCUGAUCUCCUCAAUGCCCUCAAACCAUAUAUGGGUCACCAGGGCAACACUGACAAGGUUGAUUACCGGCGGUCCAUCUUCUUAUUCUUGAGUAAUACUGGUGGAAACAUCAUCAAUAAGGUGGCUCUAGAUUUCUGGCAAGCUGGUAAAGCUAGAGAAGAGAUCACCAUGGAAUAUUUAGAACAAUUCUUGCGGAGAGACCUGCUGGAUGCCCCAGUAUACAGAGUAAUAGAAAAAAAACUAGAAGAGUACCAGACAGAUCAGAACAACCUAACCAGGACACAAAUCAUGAAACUACUCCAGUAUUGCCAACACACUUCUUCACGUUUAAAACAGUGGUGGAAUUCAUCCGGUUCUGUCCCGAUCGUGUGAACCGGUAGCGGUGACUGCGGGAGGCUCCGCCCACCCGCCCGGACGUAAUGUGAGACUACUGCACAUGCGCAGAAGGCCGUGCGCAUGCGCAGAGGUGGCGUGUGCAAAGCAAAGUGAGUGAGUGAGCGGGUUCACAUUUGCUAACCGGUAGGGAAGGUAAGUGAAUCCUACCUCUGGUUCAAAAGUGAAAUAUGAGCAAAUAAAAGAUACACCCAUAGGAUCCUCAAUACCAGGAGUCAUUGCAGAAACUGUCCUGCACAAACUAGAACCUAUGCAUUUUAAAAUUACACACCUUAAUUUUGGUGCAGCUAUGUGAACAACUCAUUUGUCGUAAUCAAAAGAAAUGCACUUAAAGCUUUUCAUACCUUUCUUAAUUCCAUCUUCCCAGACAUACAAUUCACAAUGGAAGAAGAAACAGCUAAACAAUUACCAUUUUUAGAUGUCAACAUCUAAAAAUCUUCCUGCUUGUCAACAGGCAGGAAGAUGGAAGCCUGGAAACCAUGAUUUAUUGCAAGGCCACCAAUACUGCGCACAUUCUUAGUUUCAACAGUAACUAUCCACUCUCACACAAAGAGUUGCAUCAGAACACUAUAUGGCAGGGCAAGAACCCACUGUAGUAUCCAAGUUAAACACCUGGAGAUAAGGUACUUACAUGAAUAAUUCAGAAUGGGUACCCACAAGCAUUUAUUAUAAGAUGCCUGUGCAACAUGCAAGGAAAUGAAGAAAGAAGAUAUGAGACUAACUACUGUAUGCGGUGCACUCUGCCAUAUAUCAAAUACAUUUCGGAAGCAGUAGAAUGCAGCUUUUGAUAUCUGCAAGUGAGUAUUGCACACUUCCCAGAGGCUACCAUAUGAAGACAAAUCAUGCAUUGCAAAAACCAUUUGAAGGUGGGAGUUACUUCUAAUGUAACCUACCAGGUCCCUUGCAUGGAUUGCCUCUUUGACUAUGUAGGACAGAUGGGGAGGAAGCUAACCACCAGACGGCAAGAACACAAGCAGUCAGAUAAGGAGACCCAAACUCAUUGAUAGCCUCACAUUGCAAUGAACAAAGACAUACAUUCAAUUUUGUAGCUAUUAAGAUAGUUGGCUGUGCAGGUGCAAAGAGAGCCAGGGGAAUGAUUGAAGCCUGGGAAACAGGCCCCUUGUCAAUUGAUAGGAGUUCUGAUUUACCACCAGUUUAUCAGGUGCUUAAGAGAUGAGGACUUGGCAGCACAAGGAAAAAAUAACCAAUCACUGUUGCUGGUAUCUUUAAAAAGGCCAUGUGUAUCAGAUACUUUUAAAAAUAAACUUUUUUUGGCCUCCCCAGUAAUGCCAAGUAAUUAAUUACUGUCUACCCUGGUCAAUAACUAAGAAGUAGGAGAUACCAGAUGAAUUGUGCCUUUCUUUUUUUCCCAGAUGCCCACAAUUUCUUUCCUCAGGAGAACUUCAUAGACUUUCUGGUACCUUUCCUGCCUUUGGAAUAUCACCAUGUGAAGCUCUGUGCUCGGGAUGCUUUUCUUGCUCGAGAUCUACCGUUCACUGAAGAGAGGCUAGAUGAA